AUGGAUCAUCCAGUGAAGGAGAUCAAGACCGUCAUCCGGGACCUGGUCCAGGGCUCCCCGGAGAAGCAGCUUAAUGCUCUCUAUUCCAACUUUGCCGAGGAUGCCGCCUUCACCCACCCCUUCUGUCACGUUCCGUCCUUCGGCAACACCAAUAUCCCCUUCUUCUUCACCGUCAACUCGCGCUGGUUGAUCCUCAUGGUCUACCGCUGGUAUCGUAUUUUGAGCCCCAAUAUUGACAUGGAAAUCGAGUCUUGUGUCCAAGACCAAAAGACCAAUAUCCUCUACGUGAAGAUGCGCCAAAACUUCCGCCUAUGGUUCGUGCCCUUCUACAAGGCGCCAGUCGACUUCGUUGUUGUCCUUCGCCUCGAGACCCGCACCGUCGACGCCAAUGGCAACCUGCUGCCCCGCGGCCAAGGCGACCCCAACACGGUCGGCAACCGCCAGCGCCAGUUCAUCGUGAGCCAGGAGGACCACUACCAGGUUGGCGAGUGGCUCAAGUUCCUCGUCCCCUUCUUUGGCUACUGGGCAUGGCAUGUCUGGACCCUGUUCGCGACAGCCCUGUGCGUGGUUGGUGCCUUCUUCGGGUACCCUCUUACCUUGCUCUUCCAGCAAUUUGCCGUGAACAACAGCACCAACGGCACGGGCAGCAGCCAGGAGGUGAAGAGAGACUGA